UACCAGGUAAUUGACUUGGGUGGAGAGCCGAUCACAGGCAGUCAGUACUUUGGAAACGGACGAGUGACAGAAUUCAAAUACGGCGCAAAACUGGGGACAGUGAUCCGCAAGUGGAAUGGAGAAAAGAUGGCCUACUUAAAGAACUGGGGAGAAGGCUGGGGCUUUGUGCCUUCUGACAGAGCUCUGGUCUUUGUGGAUAAUCACGACAACCAGCGGGGGCAUGGGGCCGGUGGAGCUUCCAUUCUGACCUUCUGGGACUCCAGACUUUAUAAAAUGGCUGUUGGCUUCAUGCUUGCUCAUCCGUAUGGGUUCACGCGUGUGAUGUCAAGUUAUCGCUGGUCAAGAUAUUUCGUAGAUGGAAAGGACGUCAAUGACUGGAUGGGACCACCAAGUGAGUCGGAUGGUUCCAUAAAGCGUGUUACAAUCAAUGCAGACACUACCUGUGGCAAUGACUGGGUUUGUGAACAUCGCUGGCGCCAGAUAAGGAACAUGGUUGUCUUCCGUAAUGUGGUGGAUGGUGAGCCUUUCUCCAACUGGUGGGACAAUGACAGCAAUCAAGUAGCUUUUGGCCGUGGUAGCAAAGGCUUCAUCGUUUUCAAUAAUGAUGACUGGCACCUGAACAUUGAUUUGCAAACCAGACUGCCUGCUGGUACCUACUGUGACGUUAUUUCUGGACAAAAGGAGGGCAACAGCUGUACCGGAAAACAGGUGUAUGUUUCUAGUGAUGGAAUGGCUAAUUUUGACAUUAGUAACAGUGCUGAAGACCCAUUCGUUGCAAUUCACGUUGAUGCCAAGUUGUAA